UCAGAGCGCGUAAGGAAGGGCGGGGACCCGGAUGUGUGUGGUGGCGGCGGCGGUAGAGUUGGUGUGCGGAUCUGAGAGGCCUAUGGAUGAGGAGGACUCGGCGGCCCCGGUUUGUUCUCAUGAACAAGAUGGAUGACCUCAACCUGCACUACCGGUUUCUGAAUUGGCGCCGGCGGAUCCGGGAGAUUCGGGAGGUCCGGGCUUUCCGAUAUCAGGAGAGGUUCAAGCACAUCCUUGUAGAUGGAGACACGUUGAGUUACCAUGGAAACUCUGGUGAAGUUGGCUGCUAUGUGGCUUCUCGACCCUUGACCAAGGACAGCAAUUAUUUUGAGGUGAUCAAGGUGUCUAUUGUGGACAGUGGGGUUCGGGGCACAAUUGCUGUGGGGCUGGUCCCUCAGUACUACAGCUUGGACCACCAGCCUGGCUGGUUGCCUGACUCUGUAGCCUACCAUGCUGAUGAUGGCAAGCUGUACAAUGGCCGAGCCAAGGGCCGCCAGUUUGGGUCAAAGUGUAACUCCGGGGACCGGAUUGGGUGUGGCAUUGAGCCUGUGUCCUUUGAUGUACAGACUGCCCAGAUCUUCUUCACCAAAAACGGGAAGCGGGUGGGCUCCACCAUCAUGCCCAUGUCCCCGGAUGGGCUGUUCCCAGCAGUGGGCAUGCACUCCCUGGGUGAGGAGGUGCGCCUGCACCUCAACGCUGAGCUGGGCCGUGAAGAUGACAGUGUGAUGAUGGUGGACAGUUACGAGGAUGAAUGGGGCCGGCUGCAUGAUGUCAGAGUCUGCGGGACUCUGCUGGAGUACUUGGGGAAGGGCAAGAGCAUCGUGGAUGUGGGGCUGGCUCAGGCCCGGCACCCGCUGAGCACCCGCAGCCACUACUUCGAGGUGGAGAUUGUGGAUCCUGGAGAGAAAUGCUACAUCGCCUUGGGGCUGGCCCGGAAGGAUUAUCCCAAGAACAGGCACCCUGGCUGGAGCAGAGGAUCUGUGGCCUACCAUGCAGAUGACGGGAAGAUCUUCCAUGGCAGUGGUGUGGGGGACCCCUUUGGGCCACGCUGUUACAAAGGGGACAUUAUGGGCUGUGGAAUCAUGUUCCCCCGAGACUACAUUCUGGACAGUGAGGGUGACAGUGAUGAUAGUUGUGACACAGUGAUCCUGUCCCCAACUGCCCGGGCUGUCCGGAACGUCCGGAAUGUCAUGUACCUGCACCAGGAGGGGGAUGAGGAAGAGGAGGAAGAGGAAGAGGAAGAAGACGGGGAAGAGAUAGAGCAGGAGCAUGAGGGCAAGAAGGUGGUGGUUUUCUUCACCCGGAAUGGCAAGAUCAUCGGGAAGAAGGAUGCUGUUGUACCUUCUGGGGGUUUCUUCCCCACAAUUGGAAUGCUGAGCUGUGGGGAGAAAGUCAAAGUAGAUCUGCACCCCUUGAGUGGCUAGGGGCAUCUCCCCCAGACCUGCCCCUCCUCUGUCUGCUCACCCUUUGCAGGGCCAGGUAUCCAGUUCCUGACUUCCCCUGACACAUGCCCAAGGAUUUGCUUACCCAGCAGGCUCUAGGGGAGCACUUUCCCCCCCUCCCAGGUCAGGUCCCUGCCAAGCUCCUCUAUGCCCACAUCUCUGACCUGGUGCCUCCCUUGUCAGUCCCUGGGCCCUUUUCCCUGAUUGGACAGGAACAGACCCAAAGAAUGGUGGUGAUCUGUCUGUGGGCCCCACUUGCCCUGGCCAGUGGGUUCCCUAGAUUCCCCUUUCCCUCACUGGCCUGUGUGAGUGGAGAGGAGUGUGUUCACAGCUGCUCUGUGGGUGUGAGGCUUUGCAGAGGGCCAGAGUGGAGCAGAGACAGCCUCCUCCCUACUUACCACAGUAUUUUUCCUUGCAUUCUUUUUCCCUCUUUUUUCCCCGUUCUUGUUGUGUGCUGCUGUCUUCCCCCUGGCUGGGCUAGGGGGUACUCUCUUGGGCCAUCUCUCUCCUUUUGCUGGCUGCUGUCCUAGGAAGACUCCUCUAGGGUCUCCAUUCUUUUCCUCGAGAGCUGGCUGUCUGCCCCCAACCUGCUCAGGCACUGGAGAACCACAGAGAAUUCCUGAGUCUAGUUCCCCUCACCUGUAUACACAUAGAUGGGUGACCAAUACAUGUUUAAGAGAGAGGGACUGUGAGGUGGCAAUCGCCCUCUUCCCAUCCCCUUCUCACCUUGGCACCCUUGCCCCCUCUCUCCCUGGGAUGCAGGCUGAGGCUCUGGAGCAUGUCUCUCCUGCUGCAGUGAGGACGCGACUGCAAAGCGUUAGCUGAGUGAGCCCAGAGGGGCAGCCUGGUCCCUUACUCCUUUUACCUGCCACCACGCCUCUCCCCUGACUGUGUCCCAGCUUGCUGCUUGUGCCAGUUGCCUGUUUUGCUUCAGUGUUCGAUUCUAGCACUUACAUAUGUCCUCCCCCACCAAGCCCUCAUCUCUCCCUCGUCCCCCCUGGUCCCCUUCCCAUACUGUGACUUCCCUGGGAGGACGAGGGAGCAGGAGCUGUUGGCCUUGGUUUGCACAGAGUGGGUAGGGCUUUGGGGAAAGUGGGUGAGCUGUUGUGCUGCUGGGGCCUCCCCCUGGCCCUCCCUUCAGGCCCUGCACUAUGAUGUAUGAAAUGUAUGUACAGACCAGAGAUGUUUAUACAGCCAAUAAAAAUGGAGUUUCCGUAUUUAUCAGUA